CUGCUUCUCUUCUUUCUUCCCGCUGCAGCCGGCAAGGAACCCAGCGCCAAGCCGACACACCUCCCCUUGAGGAAACCGGUAGGAAGCUUGGAUUUUCCCCUUCCUUUCUUGCUCUAGAACACAUCUAGAACCCAGAAUUUCUCCCCUCUGCAGAGAAGAAUCCGGAUCUGCUCUGCUUGUCCGUCCGUUGCUGCUGCUAGGCCCGAAAUUCUGGGCAUUUUUCUGAUUUGCCGCCGGCUUUUCCCCCAACCAAGCUCGGUUUCUGCAGUCCGGUUGUGCUAGGAAAAUUAUGGUUUUCGAUUGUUCUGUCAGUUAGCACUGAGAUCGAGUCUUCGGUUUUAUGCAAGUGAGGUAAGUAAAUCUAUGGUAAUGCCCAUACAGUUUUUAAAAGCAUGUUUUAAUUUGUUUUGAAGUGGUGGCGGGACUAAACCCGUUUUACACAAGCAUGAUUGAUUUGAAGUGGAAAUUUUAUGCUUUUCAUUAAAUUGAGCAUGCCUACUGGAAAUUUAAUUGAUUGUCCUGAUGAUUUGAAAGUGAUUGGUGAAUUAUGAUUUUUUUGUUAAUUUCUGCCUGUUUUGUCUUCGAUGUGGUUAUGUUCUUGUAACCCUGCUGGUGGGGGUUAAACGCUAGCACAUGUCGGCACAUGUCGAUAUGUUAGUGAUAGAACUGGUUCGUACAAGUGACCCUGCUAGUGGGGAUUAUACACUAGUAAAUCGUGUGCCUGCCAGUGGGAAGUUUAAUACACUGGCCAUGACCUAUAGAGGAGACAUCUAUUUCGUUCCCGUAUUGUAUCCAUUUUGUGUGAUUGCACUUGUUGGCAUGCUAUAAGUUUAAUAAGGGGCACUCCAUAUUUUACUUACUGAGUUUAUCUCAUAGUUUUUCCCUUGUCCACCAUUUCAGGAAACGAAAUCGAGGACAGGGAACCACGGGAAGUGACGAGUUAAAAGGCUAGUCAUAUUGUAAUUGGAUAUGAAAUUUUAGAAAUAAAUCAUGAUCUUGUAAUUGGAGAUUUUAAUUGGAGAUUUUAUGAUAUCAGAGAGAAUUUUAUAAUUUGAUCUUCAGAUUUUGGUGGUAUCAGAGUGUGAUAUGAUAAGUUCCGAGCCUUGUGCAUUU